ACAAACGCGUUUAUUGAAUGAACUCCCACUGUUCCACCUCUCUCCAUGUUCUCUCUUUCCUCUCUUCCCAAACACCAAUUCUAGGGUUAGGGUUUUGAAUUUCUUGAAACCCCCAAUUUCACACUUCAGAUCUUCCAAUUCACCCCUUAUUUUCCACCAAGAUUCAACCUUUAUCAAAACCCAGAUCAUGAAUCCACUUCAUAACCCCUUAAACCUCUUAAUUCUCAUCUCAAUCAUCCUCACUUCAUCUUUCUCCCACUUCAUUUCCGGCCAAGAUUCCGACAAAUCAGCCCUUCUGGAGUUCAAAUCCGCCGUUUCGGACCCUUCCGGAGUGUUAUCGAGUUGGAAUUCAAGUGGGUCGGAUCACUGUUCGUGGAUCGGAGUCACAUGCGGGUCGGGUUCAAGAGUUGUGGCGGUUAAUAUCACUGGUGGAGGUAAUUUUGGUGAUUUUACUUGUUUAAUGUAUGAUCAGUUUAUGUUGUAUGGGUUUGGGGUUAGGAAAGAUUGUGUGGAUCGGAAUGUUAAGUUAGUCGGUCAGCUGUCGGGUGCCAUCGGUCGGCUUUCAGAGCUUCGGGUUUUAUCGCUUCCGUUUAAUGAUUUGAGUGGUGAGAUUCCUGUGGAAAUUUGGGGGUUGGAGAAGCUAGAGGUUAUUGAUCUUGAAGGGAAUUUGAUUAGCGGGAAGUUAGCGGUUCGGUUCGUUGGGUUGAGAAGCCUUCGGGUUUUUAACUUAGGGUUUAACCAGAUAUCCGGGGAGAUACCGGAGUCUUUUAAAGAAAUGAAGAGUUUGCAGGUGUUGAAUCUUGCGGGGAAUCGGGUUAAUGGGUCGGUUCCCACGUUUGUUAACGGGUUUGGAGAUUUGAGAGGGUUGUAUUUGUCGUUUAAUUUGUUAUCCGGAGCUAUCCCGAGUGAGAUUGGGGAUAAUUGUGGUAAUCUCGAGCAUUUGGAGCUUGCGGGUAAUCUUUUGCUUGGAGGGAUCCCGACUAGUUUAGGGAACUGUACGAAGUUACAAUCGCUUUUGUUGUAUUCUAAUUUGCUUCAAGAAGAAAUCCCGGUUGAGCUUGGUAGGCUCGAAUCGCUACGUGUUUUGGAUCUGUCGAGAAAUAGUCUCAGUGGUGCAAUACCGCGUGAACUUGGGAACUGUUUGAAUUUAUCGAUCCUCGUGUUCUCCAACUUAUUGAAUCCGAUUCCUGGAUUUUUUAACACCGGCGACAAUUUAACACAACUGGGACCUGAAGACGAGUUUAAUUACUUCGAAGGUACGGUUCCUUCAGAAAUUACUACUCUUCCGAACCUGCAGUUGUUAUGGGCACCAAGAACGAUCUUAGAGGGCCCGUUUCCCGACAAUUGGGGAGCUUGUGGUAGCUUGGAAAUGGUGAAUUUGGCUCAGAAUCUUUUCGCUGGUGAAAUAUCUAAAGGGUUGGAUAUAUGCAAGAAGUUGCAUUUUCUUGAUUUGAGUUCGAAUAAGUUGACCGGUGAGAUCAGUGAUAAACUUGGCGUUCCUUGUAUGACGGUUUUCGAUGUUAGUGGUAAUCAUCUUUCGGGCCGGAUUCCAUCUUUUCGUUACACUACAUGUGCACCAUUUAAUCCGUCUAAUGCAUACCUUCGAUAUUUUGCAUCUAAUGACAUACGUACCCCUUCGUUAGUUCCAAACGAUGUCGGAGAUCUUUCAAUAACCCAUAAUUUUAGGGGCAACAAUUUCACGGGACAGUUGGCUUCUGUGCCGAUUGCAAGAACAGGGGAGAACACCGUUUACGCUUUUCUUGCGGGAGAAAACGAGCUUACCGGUGCGUUUCCCGGAACAUUAUUUGAAAAUUGUGUGAAAUUGAAAGCGAUGGCUGUUAAUGUGAGUUCAAACGCGCUAUCGGGUCAACUCCCGUUAAACAUUGGUCAACUUUGCAGAACUUUGUCUUUCUUGGAUGUGUCGGGGAAUCGUAUAUCCGGAACGAUUCCUUCUAGUUUCGGCGAGUUGAGUUCUCUUGUGGCGGUUAAUUUAAGUUGGAAUAUGUUAAUCGGAGAGAUACCCGUUAGUUUCAACAAGAUUAAAGAUCUCAAGAGUCUUUCAAUAUCCGGUAACCAUCUCACGGGUCGAAUUCCUACGGGUUUGGGAAAGCUUGGGUCGUUAGAAGUUUUAGAGCUUUUCUCAAACUCUUUGACCGGUGAGAUUCCAGGAGAUCUCGUGUAUUUGAAGAAUUUAUCGGUCCUUUUGCUCAACAAUAACAAGCUUUCCGGACCGAUUCCUUCUGGUUUAGCGAACAUAAAAACAAUCAUGAGAUUCAACGUCUCGUUUAAUAACUUGUCGGGCCCGUUGCCACAAAACGAUAAUUUAAUGGAAUGUAGCAGUGUUCUCGGAAACCCGAAUUUACAAUCGUGUAAGGUAUCUCCACCAAAUUCGUCUCCGGAUCAGCCGGUCGGAAAUGAUUCUGCAAACGUCUCGAGUCCAUCGGUGUCUCAAUCAAAAGGUGGGCGUGGGUUAAGUUCAAUCGCAAUCGCUUCCAUUAUAUGUGCUUCCGCUAUAUUCACGGUUAUGCUAGCUCUCAUGGUUCUGUUCUUGUGCACCAAAUGGCGGCCUAAAUCGGGUUCUCGUGCCUGUGGGCAUGUUCGUAAGGAAGUAACGGUUUUCACCGACAUUGGAGUCCCGUUAACUUUCGAGAACGUUGUUCGAUCCACUGGUAGCUUCAAUGCUAGCAACUGUAUUGGAAACGGAGGAUUUGGCGCCACUUACAAAGCCGAGAUCUCACCGGGGUUCUUGGUAGCAAUAAAACGGUUAUCUGUUGGACGGUUUCAGGGCGUACAACAGUUUGAUGCGGAGAUCAAGACGUUGGGCCGCCUUCGUCACCAGAACCUCGUGACGUUAAUCGGGUAUCACGCCAGUGAAACCGAGAUGUUUUUGAUCUACAAUUAUCUGCCUGGUGGAAACCUCGAAAGAUUCAUUCAAGAAAGGUCAAUCCGGGCCAUCGAUUGGAGAAUCCUUCACAAAAUCGCGCUCGAUAUCGCGCGUGCCCUCGCGUACCUCCAUGACCAAUGCGUCCCACGUGUCCUCCACCGUGAUGUGAAACCAAGUAACAUACUGCUAGACGACGAUCUCAACGCUUACUUGUCGGAUUUCGGUUUGGCGAGGCUUUUGGGUACCUCCGAGACCCACGCGACCACCGGGGUUGCCGGAACUUUUGGGUACGUGGCACCGGAAUACGCGAUGACGUGUCGGGUUUCAGAUAAAGCCGAUGUUUACAGUUACGGGGUGGUGUUGUUGGAGCUCAUUUCCGAUAAGAAAGCACUGGACCCGUCUUUCUCAUCUUACGGAAACGGGUUCAAUAUUGUGGCGUGGGCUUGUAUGCUGCUGAGACAGGGUCGGGCGAAGGAGUUUUUUACGGAGGGGCUGUGGGAUGCGGGCCCGCAUGACGAUUUGGUUGAGGUGUUGCAUCUGGCGGUGGUGUGCACAGUGGAUUCAUUGUCAACAAGACCGACGAUGAAACAAGUUGUACGGAGGUUGAAACAACUGCAACCUCCGUCGUGUUAGGAGGUUUUUGAAGGUUUUUUUUUUAAGAUUGUAAAUUGUAGCAUAGUUUUUGUUGGUAGAAUGAUUUUAUGCAGGUGAUGAGUCUAUUGUUUGUUCAAUAAAAGCAAAAAGUAGCGAUUUUUCCUCCUGGUUUUGUACAUUGAAACACCAAGAAUAACUUUCUGACUUAGCUGUAAUUUAUGUUUUGAAAUUUGUUAUUAAUCAAAUUUAUUUAA